AUGGCUGCUGCCUCUUCUACUUUCCAUCAUCAGGCGCCGGGCUCUUCCGCUGCUGCUUCUGGUGCGGCGGCUACGGGCGGGAAGAGACCCCCUCAGGUUGGGCUGAAUUUCAAAGCUCAGAAGUUAGGAUUCUAUCGCUAUGUGGUCUCCCAACUUUACGGUGAUGGCCUGAUGGACGAGGCAAAGUCCGUGGCGACACGGUUGAAUUUGAGCUUACCAGUGGAGCCGAGCAACGAGGAAAAUGACAACGGCAAUGCUCAGGGAGGUGCUAAUGUGAGCACUGAUCUUACCGUGGGGGGAGCCAUAGAAAAGGAUUUCCUUUAUGAUGUAUAUGCGGAUAGUAUAAGAAGGCAGGAAAAGGGGUUUGAAGCGAAUACAUGGAAGACGAUUAAGUGUCGACCCUAUCCACCGUUGUCGGCUCAUGAGGAGCAUCUUGAUCUGAGAAUUAGUUACAAGGAUAGACUGCAGGCCCAGUUGGAAGCUGAGGGAAGGGACCAGCCGUUUAGGGGGAGAGAGGUGGAUGAGAUGGACCUCGAUGACGAUGAUGAUGCUCCUCGAGGAGAGGUGUAUGAAGAGGAUAUGAUUACUGAGGAGGCAAAGAGGGUCACUAGACCGACUCCUGUGGUGCUGGAGACGGCGAAGAUGAGGAUGCAUGCGGUGGCAGGGGGAGAUGCGACACUGUUGAGAGCGGGGGAGAGGGACGAUGGACUCAGACCGGUGGUUCGAACCUAUUAUGACCAUGUUGGCACUGUCACCAGUGUCUCAUUUCAUCCUAGGCAGCCUAUACUGUUCAGUGGGAGCUACGACAAGACGUUGAAGGUCUAUGACUUGACUAAGCCUAACCAGAAUAAGCGAAUACGAUUCCUGCCUCAGGUGUAUCCGAUAAAUAAGGUUCAAGUUCACCCAUGUGGCGACUUUGUUUACGUUGGUACUCUGCACAGAGUCAUCCGUCUCUACGACACGAGGACGCUCCAAUGCUUUUCUGCCUACUACGGUGGGGGUUCGGGCAUUGGGGGCGGUGGUGGACAGCAUCACAACGGCAGUGUUUUGGAUAUCGCAUGUGCGAGUGACGGUAGCGUUUUUGCAUCAGCAGGGAGUGAUGGUCAUGUCCAUCUCUGGGACGGCGUGUCCAAUCGUCUUAUCAACAAGCUGCAUGGAGCGCCGGGUGGAGGAGGAUCCAGCCUGAAACCUCACUCGGGGCAUCCGGUGUUCACCGUCCAAUGGAGCCGCAACUGUCGUUAUCUCCUUACGAGCGGAGGGGACCAUCGAGCAAGGCUGUGGGACAUGAGGACGGGGAAGGAGCUUAUGGUGUAUUCUGGUGCGACGACUUCUACGGACUGUUCUUUCAUGACAGCCACGUUUGUUGGGAAUGAACAGUACAUUGCUACCACCUCGUCGAGAAUAGGAGAGUCUGAUAUGUGCCUCCUGGAUUCUCUCACUGGUAGACCAUUCAAUACUUCCUCUAUUCCGGACGGUGUGGUAUCAGGUGAUGUCCUCGUUCCUGCUGUAGGAGGACACUCUAGUCCAGUGAGAGCUGUUGCCGCAUCUCCUGUCGACAAGACCAUCAUCACGGGCUGCGAUGACAAUAAGGUUAGGUUCUUCGACAUCGUCAAAGGCACCAAAAACAUAUACGAGAUGGAGGAAGAAGGUAUCACGGGGAUAUCUCAAAGUCAGGCAGCUGCUGGUAUGGACAUGGACGAGACUGGUGCGGCUGUGGUGCCUCCUGAAGGUGGCGCGGCUAGAGGCUUCGUCGAGCACAUUGGUACUUAG